AAAACUGAGUUCGCUGAGAUACAUAACCUCACAAUAAUGAUUACGGAAUUAAUUUAACGAAAAAAGGAUGAAAAACUUCAUGAAGAUGUAUCAGAAUUCUGAAGGAUAAUAUUCUUAAAAUAUUCGUACAUCGAAAUAUAUUUAUUUUGUCAAUUUUUUUUUAAGAAGACCAUAAAUUUUUAUUAUAUAAUUUUGAAGAAAAAAACAUGGAAAAUUCAUCUACCACCGUGGAAAAUUCCCAAAGCGAUAAAACAGAUCCGUUGGAGAAGGUUAUCGAUAAAAUAAAAACACUUCAUACUCCUGUUGUAAGUGCUGUAAAGAAGAAUUUUUAUUUUGAAGAUUUCUUAUGUGGUUGGGGGGCAGCUGUUAUUAAUAUUUCCGUAACAUAUCCUAUUAAUAAAGUGAUUUUUCGACAGAUGUUAUCGAAUUUACGAGUAACAACCGCAAUUAGUGAAAUAUAUCGUGAAGGAUUUUAUUAUCUAUAUCGAGGUAUUUUACCACCAUUAAUACAAAAAUCAAUUUCUUUAUCCUUAAUGUUUGGGGUUUAUGAAAAUUGUCGACGUCCUUUACUGAGUAUGGGUGUAAAUGAACCAAUUGCUUGUAUAACAUCCGGAAUCAUUGCUGGAUCAGCUGAGGCACUAUUAAUGCCUUUUGAACGAGUACAAACACUUUUAUCGGAUAAUCAAUAUCAUAAAAAAUUUAAAAAUAUGUCUCAUGCGUUCAAAGUUAUUCACGCUGAGUAUGGUUAUCGAGAAUUGUAUCGUGGUAUGGUACCAAUUUUAUUACGAAAUGGACCAUCAAAUGCAUUGUUUUUCUUGAUACGUGAACAAGCAUUCGAUGAUUCCAAAAUCAAAUUACAAGUAUCGAAUGUUGUUGGCGUUCAUAGUAGUGAUUUUUUAUGUGGAGCCAUAAUUGGUGUAUUUGUGAGUUCGGUUUUCUUUCCAUUAAAUGUUAUUAAAAUUAAUGCACAAAGGAUAUUAGGUGGUGAAUUUCAUAGUUUUAGUGUUGUAUUAAAGGAGGUCUAUUAUGAGCGAAAUAAGAGUAUAACUAAUAUUUAUCGGGGGGUUGCUACAAAUGGUACCAGAUCAUUCUUUAGUUGGGGUAUUAUUAAUGCAUCAUAUCGAUAUUUAACUGGACUUUGGCAUGAUAAAAUUGAUAGUUAAUUUGUGUAAUAUAUAUAUUUUUUAAUGGAAAUUUAGUUCAAUUUGCAAUUAUAUUUUAAUUCAACUUUUUAAAACUAUGUUUUUCUAGUCAUUUUGAAUAGAUUUUAUCCUAGUCAGAUUAGAGCGGUUAAUUUUUUAAACUACAGAUCAAAUUAUCAAUUGAGAUAAUUAAUACAGUUAUAAAAUUAAUGUUUUUAAUGAUGUGGUGGAUAAUAAUUAAGUUCCUGUAACUCUAGCAGGAGCAUAAGGCUUCAAUGCAAUGGUACUUUGUUGUAUAGACCUUUUUCACAUUUUUUUUUUUUUUUUUUAAAUGAAAGUAAAUGUCUUGAUAAUGGGCUAAUUUUUUUCCCCGAUUUUUUUGAAGCCAUCUGACCGAGAAAACAAACAAU